AUGGAAAACAAAGAGGUGAUUGAUGACUGCCAAUAUGGCCUCACUAAGGCUUUUCUGAACCUGACUGGCUCAAACGAGAUCAAAGCUGUAUGGAAAGGAUCUACCACCUUGCCAUGUGUCUAUGUACCUGUAGAGGACUUCGUGCAGGAAACACUCACCUGGACUGUGGUACAUGACCAGAGCUCUGGCACCAUCUUUCGGAGAGAUGGCUCUGGUGACCAUGUCCUUUUGGCAGAGUACAGGGACAGAGUCAGUGUCCUGAAGCACUCUCCAGGGAACGUGUCUCUCCACAUCCUGAGCACGGAGAUCUCUGACAGGGGAACCUACACUUGCCAGGUCACCUGGAGAGCCAACAACAACAGCCUGAUAGUAAAAGAGAUCAGUACCAAAGUGGAGGUUGUUAAAGUUGCAGUGACCAAGCCCAUCAUCAGGCCGGGCGAGCUGGGGCUGGUGGUGCCCGCGGGAGCCAGGACCAGCCUGACCUGCGUGGCCAGCGGGUCCCCACCGAUCCGCUACCGCUGGUUCCGGGGCAGCCCGGGGGGGACAGCCCAGCCCCUGGGCAGCCAGGCUGAGCUGGCCUGGGCCCGCCUGCUGCCCUCGGACGCCGGCACCUACUUCUGCCAGGCAGAGAACAGGGUCGGGGCGGCGCAGCACAGCGACACCGUCCAGCUGCUGGUCACAGAAAAGAACCAAACAGACCUGGUGUUUGAAGGUACCUCUUGGACUCCAGAGGGCUCCACCACUAUCACAGCCUCGUAA